AUGUCAAAAUGGAAAAUUUCUUCUUAUACAGAUUCGGAAUCAUUAUUAGCAUCAAAUAUUGAUUUUGAAGAAAUAACAAGAUUGAGUUUGUCAAUGAGCAAACUUCAAAAGAAUGUUCUUGCUCCAUCCAUACCACCGAUCCUGUUCCACAGACGAAAGAUAAGAACUAAUCUACAGUUAGUUGCCCUCAUACUCAAUGUACCUAUCGGUCAAAUAAAAGAACAAGUUCAAAUCAAUUACCAAUUCUCUAUUUCAAAGAAUUAUGUUGCUCAUGUAAUGAAUUAUGUUGCUGAUCCAUUUCCUGUUUGGAAAUGA